GGGACGAGCCGCGGCGGGAGAGCGGAAGCCCCUCGCCGUCGCCCGGGCCCAGAUUAUCCUGAAUACUACAUGUCUAAAAGUUUUUCUUGCAACGUUAACUGUUGUUUUUCGCUGCUUCCAAAAGAUCAAAAUUGCUCCGGAAAUUGGAGACGUAUUUGAUUUAAAAGAAAUAACUUUAACAAAUGGACAAUAUGUCUAUUACGAAUACACCAACAAGUAAUGAUGCCUGUCUGAGCAUUGUACAUAGUUUGAUGUGCCAUAGACAAGGUGGAGAGAGUGAAACAUUUGCCAAAAGAGCAAUUGAAAGUUUGGUUAAAAAGCUGAAGGAGAAAAAAGAUGAAUUGGAUUCUUUAAUAACAGCUAUAACUACAAAUGGAGCUCACCCUAGCAAGUGUGUUACCAUACAGAGAACAUUGGACGGAAGGCUUCAGGUGGCUGGUCGGAAGGGAUUUCCUCAUGUGAUCUAUGCCCGUCUCUGGAGGUGGCCUGACCUUCACAAAAAUGAACUAAAACAUGUUAAAUACUGUCAGUAUGCAUUUGACUUAAAAUGUGAUAGUGUCUGUGUGAAUCCAUAUCACUAUGAACGAGUUGUAUCACCUGGAAUUGAUCUCUCAGGAUUAACACUGCAGAGUAAUGCUCCACCAAGUAUGUUGGUGAAGGAUGAAUAUGUUCAUGACUUUGAGGGACAGCCAUCAUUAUCCACUGAAGGGCAUUCAAUUCAAACCAUCCAGCAUCCACCAAGUAAUCGUGCAUCGACGGAGACAUACAGCACCCCAGCUCUCUUAGCUCCAUCUGAGUCUAAUGCUACCAGUACCACCAAUUUUCCCAACAUUCCUGUGGCUUCCACAAGUCAGCCCGCCAGUAUACUGGCAGGCAGCCAUAGUGAAGGAUUGUUGCAGAUAGCUUCAGGGCCUCAGCCAGGACAGCAGCAGAAUGGAUUUACUGGUCAGCCAGCUACUUAUCAUCAUAACAGCACUACCACCUGGACUGGAAGUAGGACUGCACCAUACACACCUAAUUUGCCUCACCACCAAAACGGCCAUCUUCAGCACCACCCGCCUAUGCCGCCCCAUCCCGGACAUUACUGGCCACCAGUUCACAAUGAGCUUGCAUUCCAGCCUCCUAUUUCUAAUCAUCCUGCUCCUGAGUAUUGGUGUUCCAUUGCUUACUUUGAGAUGGAUGUUCAAGUAGGAGAGACAUUUAAGGUUCCUUCAAGCUGUCCUAUUGUUACUGUCGACGGAUAUGUAGACCCUUCUGGAGGAGAUCGCUUUUGCUUGGGUCAACUCUCCAAUGUCCACAGGACAGAAGCCAUUGAGAGAGCAAGGUUGCACAUAGGCAAAGGUGUGCAGUUGGAAUGUAAAGGUGAAGGUGAUGUUUGGGUCAGGUGCCUUAGUGACCACGCAGUCUUUGUACAGAGCUACUACUUAGACAGAGAAGCUGGGCGUGCACCUGGAGAUGCUGUUCAUAAGAUCUACCCAAGUGCAUAUAUAAAGGUCUUUGAUCUGCGUCAGUGUCACCGCCAGAUGCAGCAGCAGGCAGCCACGGCACAAGCUGCAGCGGCUGCCCAGGCGGCGGCCGUGGCGGGAAACAUCCCGGGCCCAGGGUCAGUAGGUGGAAUAGCCCCAGCCAUCAGUUUGUCAGCUGCUGCCGGAAUCGGUGUGGAUGACCUCCGUCGUUUAUGCAUACUCAGGAUGAGUUUUGUGAAAGGCUGGGGACCUGAUUACCCAAGACAGAGCAUCAAGGAAACACCUUGUUGGAUUGAGAUUCACUUACACCGGGCCCUCCAGCUCCUCGAUGAAGUCCUUCACACCAUGCCUAUUGCCGACCCACAGCCUUUAGACUGAGGUCUUUUAACUUAACGUUGGGGCCCUUACCAUUAUCAGGAUGGUGGACUAUAAGAUGCAAUCCUGUUUAUAACCUGAAGAUAUAUUUCACUUUUGUUCUGCUUUAUCUUUUCAUAAAGGGUUGGAAAAUGUGUUUGCUGCCUUGCUCCUAGCAGACAGAAACUGGAUUAAAACAAUUUUCUUUUUCCUACUUAGAACUUUUCAGGCAUGGCUCAGAGCUUGAAGAUUGGGACAAAUACAUUCUUAUUAAAUCUUCACCAGUUAUGUUUGAAGGAAUCAUUCCAAUGCUGGAAAAUUUAGCCCUUUGAAAUGUUUUAGAGCCUUUUAUAUGCAGAACAUCUAUAUGUGUGUUAUUCUACAGAAUAAAUUUAAUAUUGCUGAUUUUAAAGGCAGAGAAGUUCUCAAAGUUAAUUCACCUAUGUUACCUUGUGUGUGAGUUGUUACUGUUGAACAUACUUUACUCCGAAAUAUUGUGCCAUGUGGGUGAGUUAAUUUUACCAAGAGCAACUUUACUCUGUGUUUAAAAAAGAUAGUAGUGUAUUAUAACCUUUUAUCCAAAAUAUUUUUUUUCAAGUUAAACUAGUGAAAAUGAUUUUAACUCAGAUUGUCUUGCGACUCAAUUUUUCUUUUGCCAAGGCAAAACACUAAUCUGUGUAUAUUGAGAAUUCCUUAAAAUUACCAGACAAAGGAGUAUCAUUUAAAAUUACAUUUGUUAUUUUUGUUGGAUAACUAUUUAUCAAUAAACAUACUUUUGCCCUGUUAAACAGUAGACAUAUUCUGUAUUUCUAGGCACAGGGUUGGUUACUAAGGAGCCUAGAAGAGGAAUUUCUUUCCUUCCUUAACAUAGGGAAAGAUUUUAUAUUUUUUAAAACACUAAAAGCAGUGUCACUCCAUCUAAUAUCUUACCAUUCUGCACAAGUGGCAAUGCUAAGCUAAAUAAUGAGUAUUUUGGAAACUGCUAAAUUCUGUGUUAAGUACUGUGCAGAAUAAUAGAAACAUUACCAUUCAUUGAUAGGUAGUUUGGAUAUUUUUGUACUUGAUUUGAUGUGUGAUUUUUUUUUUUUUUCAUAUACUGUUUAAAUCAUGUAUGUUAUGACAGUGUUUAAAAUUCAGUUUUUGUAUCUUGGGGCAAGACUGCAAACUUUUUUAUACCUUUUGGUUAUUCUAAGCCCUUUGCCAUCAAUGAUCAUAUCAAUUUGGCAGUGACUUUGUAUAGAAAGUUUAAGUAGAAAAGUUGCAAAUGUAUUGACUGUACCACAGACACAAUAUGUAUGCUUUUUACUUAGCUAGUAGCAUAAAUAAAACUGAAUCUCAACAUGCAAAGUUGAAUUCUAGGUUUGAUUUUUAACUUUUUUUUUCUUUUCCACUUUUGAGUCCAACCUUAGUGGUGAGACACCUUCUAGUAAAUGACAGGCAACAGCUAGUACUAUUGGGCAGCUUUGGUUUUCUCCUCCCACUCUACUAGGACUCCCCAUGGACAUUACGUAUCAAGUGUAGGGUUGGUUAUUUUUUUCACUUUUAUUUUACUGUAGCAAAGCUAGGCCUGAUUGUAAGAUAAAUAGGUUGUCUACAGGAUAAAUAGUGUGAAAUAAAAUCAAAGAUUAUCUUUCAGGUGUUUUUGCUUUUUUCAUGGAGGGCCUUUCUUAGUGUAAUAAGAUUAUUUCAGGUGUGUUACAAGUUUGAGACAUGAGAAAUACUUACGCAUGAUAGUCAUCCUUAUGUCAGCUUAAAGCAACAAGUCUUCUACUUCCUUGCUUAGGUCUUCUUAAUAAGACCAUCCUAGAAACCACUGAGUUUGCUUAUUUCUGUGAUUUAAACAUAUCUUGAUCCAAGCUACACGUCUUUUGUUUUUUA